GGGAAUCUGGGACAAGCUAUAUGAUGACUGUGUCUCAGUGGCUGCUUGGGGCUCGGGUCUCAUGUUUGGGGGCAGUGUUGGGCUUCCUUUGCUUCUCAACGGUGCUGAAGGCAGCCCCUGAGUUCUCAGGUUACCUUCAAAAGGUGCUGAAGAACCACACAGCCCACGCCUGUGAUGGGGAGCAACUGGGAGUCAUUUGUCCCCACAAGACCUCCAUUAGCAUCCUAUCUGCAUUUUAUGGGCGUCGAGUGCCCAGCCUGAACCUCUGCCCGAGCACUGGCAAUAUCUCUGGUGAGAGCACCAUGUGUGUGUCUGCCACAGCCCACCAGAAACUUCUGGAUGAGUGCCAGGACCAGCGCUGGUGCCAGUUCUCUGUGCAUAGCCCAGUGUUUGGGUCGGACCCAUGUCCCGGGACACACAAGUACCUGAUAGUUUCAUACAAGUGCAGACCAGCUAACCACCGCAUUAAGACCGUGUGUGAGAAUGACAACCUGAGGCUGCAGUGCAGGGCUAAAUCCGUCCUAGCAAUUUACUCCGCAAGCUAUGGCAGAUCCAUGCGGGGCAAACCAGAGUGUGACUCUGCGAACAGGACUGGACUCAAUGUAGAGUGCUUAGCUCCUGAUGCCUUGAGGAGAGUCUCUCGGAAGUGUCACAGGAAGAAGAACUGCACCAUCUUGGCUAACAAGGCCACCUUUGGUGACCCCUGCUUCCCUGGCGUGAAGAAACAGCUGAGGGUCUCCUAUACAUGUGUGCCAAGGCAGCUGUUUGAGGAGGUGGGCCAGGAUUCCCCAGACCCCUUCUCGCUCUCCGACUACACACAUGGUGGCUGGUACCAUGGGCCGACGCUGUCCAGGCUCCGUGAAGAUCUGAUGAUUUUUACUAGCUCUCUGAAAAUGUUUGCCCACCUCUGGGGUGUCCCCGAGAAGGUAGGCCUCUAUUUUCUGUGUGGGGUCUCUGGAGGCCUGGUGUUCCUGCUUUGUAUCUUCAGCCCCAAAAUGGCUUUCAUACAGGACAUGAAGGAGGUCUUAAAAGACUCGAAACUGGGGCACAGCUCAGAGCUGAGCCGGGCCAAGUUACGGGAUGACCAUGACGAGGACAACCACAACGACGACAGCUCCUCAGACUCCUCAUUCCGCCGCCUCACCCGCACCUACCGUGCAUCCAACAACAUCUUCAGCCCAGAGCUGACCGCAGCCCUGGAGGGUGCUGCUGAGCACAGGGCCCAAGAGGGAGAGGAGAUCUGGAUGCUCAAAGAUUCCAGCCCCUAUGCUAUUCACAAACUCAAAUCUGCUACCAAAUGAGAAUGAGGCGCAGGGGCCACGGGCAGGGCAAUGAGCCAUCUCCAUAAUUCCACAUCAGCAAGCAGCUCUUCCUAGUUACAGAUCCAAAUAAUGGAGUGGGGUCACGGUGGGAAGGGAGACAAUUUUAAUCUCUGGGGACCCAAACUCAUAACAGGCUUAGGUCACUUGCAAUGAGUAUGUUGAUAACAGUCUGAUCCCUGAUAGAGAUUUGUCAUGACUCAAACAAAGCUAGGCAAACUAAUAUACAUUCUGUGAACGCCAUGUAAUAACUUUCCUGCUAUAGAAACCAUAGAUUCCAUAAUCGGUAUUGAUAUCACACACAACAAAAGCACAUUUGUUACAAUUGGCAGUCUCUGUUCAAGAGACGAUCUGG